UUUCCUACGUUGUUGAGGUACAGUGAAGAUCUUAGAAAGAAACUUUGAAGGAUGCCUGAACCAGCAAAAUCAGCUCCUGUUCCAAAAAAGGGCUCCAAGAAAGCUGUCACCAAGACGCAGAAGAAGGGUGAAAAGAAGCGAAAGAGAGCAAGGAAGGAAAGCUACUCUAUCUACGUGUACAAGGUUCUGAAGCAGGUGCACCCCGACACGGGCAUCUCGUCCAAGGCCAUGAGCAUCAUGAACUCCUUCGUCAACGACAUCUUUGAGCGCAUCGCCGGCGAAGCCUCGCGCUUAGCGCACUACAACAAGCGCUCCACCAUCACCUCUCGGGAGAUCCAGACGGCCGUGCGGCUCCUGCUGCCUGGUGAGCUGGCCAAGCACGCAGUCUCCGAGGGCACUAAGGCUGUCACCAAGUAUACCAGCUCCAAGUAAAACAGUUUUAA